CACGACACGAAGCCGAGCUCCAUCGCCGCUGGUCGGGUCAGGGGAGCGAGCACGAUGUCGGCGGUGACGGAGGCGGAGAUGGCCAAGGUGAAGACGUCGUCCAACGGCGUGUGGCAGGGCGACGACCCGCUCCACUUCGCCUUCCCGCUCCUCAUCCUCCAGGCGCUCCUCAUCCUCCUCCUCAGCCGCCUCCUCGCCCUCAUGCUCCGCCCGCUCCGCCAGCCCAAGGUCAUCGCCGAGAUCGUCGCCGGCAUCCUCCUCGGCCCUUCCGCGCUCGGCCGCAACAAGUCCUACCUGCGCGCGCUCUUCCCGCCCUGGAGCGCGCCCGUGCUCGAGUCCGUCGCCAGCCUCGGCCUCCUCUUCUUCCUCUUCCUCGUCGGCCUCGAGCUCGACCUCCGCUCCGUCAGGCGCAGCGGCCGCCAAGCCUUCGCCAUCGCCGCCGCCGGCAUCUCGCUCCCCUUCGCCUGUGGCGUCGGCGUCGCCUUCGUCCUCCGCCGCCAGCUACCCGGCGCCGCGCAGGCCGGCUACGCGCCCUUCCUUGUCUUCAUGGGCGUCGCGCUCUCCAUCACCGCCUUCCCCGUCCUCGCGCGCAUCCUCGCCGAGCUCAAGCUGCUCACCACGCCCAUCGGGGAGACGGCUCUGGCGGCCGCGGCGUUCAACGACGUGGCGGCGUGGGUGCUGCUCGCGCUGGCCGUCGCCAUCUCCGGCAGCGGCGACCACCGGAGCCCCAUCGUCUCCCUCUGGGUGCUCCUGUCGGGCGCCGCGUUCGUCGCCGUCUGGAUGCUGGCCGUCAAGCCGGCGAUGGCGUGGGUGGCGCGGCGGUCGGACGGGCAGGGCGGCGGCGAGGUGUGGGUGGCGGUGACCCUGGCGGGCGUGCUGGUGUCGGGCCUGGCCACCGACAUGAUCGGCAUCCACGCAAUCUUCGGCGCGUUCGUGUUCGGGCUGACGGUGCCCAAGGACGGCGAGUUCGCCGGGCGGGUGACGGAGCGGGUGGAGGACCUGGUGUCGGAGCUGCUGCUGCCGCUCUACUUCGCGUCGAGCGGGCUGAAGACGGACGUGGCCACCAUCCGCGGCGGCGGCGCGUGGGGGAUGCUGGCGCUCGUCAUCGGCACCGCCUGCGCCGGCAAGAUCGCGGGGACCUUCGGGGUGGCCAUGGCGUGCGGCAUGUCAGCGCGAGAGGCGGUGGUGCUCGGCGUGGUGAUGAACACCAAGGGCCUCGUCGAGCUCAUCGUCCUCAACAUUGGCAGGGAGCGCAAGGUGCUCGACGAGGAGACGUUUGCGAUCCUCGUGCUCAUGGCGCUGGUCACCACCUUCAUCACCACGCCCACCGUCAUGGCCAUCUACAAGCCGGCGCGGCGCGCCGGCCGACGGCUGCACCACCGCAAGCUGCACGGGCCCUCCGCGCCGUCCUCUCCGUCUGCGGCAACGGCGGCCACCGCCGGCGCCAAGGAGCUGCGCGUGCUGGCCUGCAUCCACGGCGGCCACGACGUGCCGGCGGUGAUCAACCUCGUCGAGACCAUCCGCGGCCACACCCAGCCGCGCCGCCUCGUCAAGCUCUACAUCCUCCGCAUGGUGGAGCUCACCGAGCGCACCUCCUCCAUCCUCAUGGUCCGCGCCGCGCGCCGCAACGGCAUGCCGUUCCUCCGCCCGCUCCGCGGCGGCGGCGGCGGGGGUGGCGGUGGCGGUGGCGUCCCCCAUGACCAGGUCGACGUCGCCUUCGACACCUACGCGCAGCUCGGCCACGUCCACGUCCGCUCCAUGACCGCCGUCUCCGCGCUCCACACCAUGCACGACGACGUCGCCGCCGUCGCCGAGGACAAGCGCGUCUCCCUCAUCGUUCUGCCCUUCCACAAGCGCCACCCGGGCUACGGCGGCGAGGACCUUGGCCCCGAGUGGCGCGCCGUCAACCGGAGGAUCCUCCGCGAGGCGCCCUGCUCGGUCGCCGUCCUCGUCGACCGCGGCUUCGGCGGCGGCGAGCAGGUCAGCUCGGAGCAGGUGGCGCACGGCGUCUGCGUCGUCUUCUUCGGCGGGCCCGACGACCGCGAGGCCCUGGAGCUCGCCGAGAGGAUGGCCGAACACCCCGGCGUGCAGGUCACCGUCAUGCGGUUUGUCGACGGCAAGGCAGGCAGCGAGGAGCACGCCGAGGUCACGCUGCAGCCGUCGAACACCAAGAACGCCGACAAGAGCUACACCUUCUCGACGGCCAUCGUCGACACCCACAAGGAGAAGGAGCUGGACGAGGCGGCGGUGGCGGAGUUCCGGCAGAGGAUGGGCCCCAUGGUGCGGUACGAGGAACGGGUGGUGGCCGGCAACGUGGUCGAGGAGGUGGUGUCGAUCGGCAAGAGCCGGGAGUACGGCCUAGUGGUGGUCGGCAAGGGGCGGCUGCCGUCGGCGAUGGUGGCGGAGCUGGCCGUCCGGGCGGCGGAGCACCCGGAGCUGGGUCCCAUCGGCGACGCGCUGGCGUCGGCGGGGCAAGGGGUGACGUCGUCGGUGCUGGUGGUUCAGCAGCACGACAUGAGCAACGCGGACGAGGUGCCGGUGUCCGUCGUCGUCGUCGUCGACGGCCACGGCCACGGCCACGACGGCGGCGGCGAGCUCGGCAACGACAGCAAGGACAUGGUGGAGCCAUGAGAUUGGGGAUUAGUUGUACGAGUAUCUCCUGCCUAGGAUGAUGACAAUGGUGAUCAAUUAGUUACUACUCCUACACUACUAAGUGCACGUUUAAUUAGUGAGUAAAUUAAGCAAAUAUAAUGGCGACAAAUUAGAAUAAGCCAGAGCUGCUCGUACUACCAUGCAGAAGCACAGGGAUUACUACACGUCUGUAAAUCUGUACAUAAAUAUUGGCAAUGCUAUCUAAAUUGCAUUGGU